CGUCGCCAUCGCAUCUUCCUCGCCUCGUCGCCAUUGUCCUUGAGAUACGGUCCCGACGUCGUCUCCAUAUCAUUCAUUAUGAGGCUGCUGUCGUCGAAUCCUCUUUCACUCUUCCUGUCGGCGCUGCUGCUGGCGACGCCAGUCUUCUCUAUCAAGUUCGACGUGCUAGCGAAGACCUCCCCCACCACACGGUGCAUAUGGAACUAUGCACUGGCAGAUACAUUGGUCAUUGUCACCAUCAAUACUGGCCCCAUCCCUAAUUCCACGAUCGAUGCAGAGGGACAACAGGUGGAUGUAGAGAUCGUCGAUGCCAGCCAACAUAACAAUGUCUACCUGGCAAAGAAGAACAUCAAGGGCGAGGCGAGGAUGGCUAUCAAUACCCAUUCCAAUUCGGAUCUGGGAGUUUGCAUCACGAACAAGCUCGUCGUCCGACGAACCGUGCAAGGCAACGCUGGCUCGACAAUCGACCUAGACGUGGACAUCGGUGCAGACGCGGUAGAUUACAAUGCCAUUGCCAAUCAGGAAUCGCUUUCGGGGCUCGAGACGGAGAUGAAGAAGCUGGAAGCCGUGGCCGGGGAGAUUCUAGAUGGGCUAGAGUAUCUCAAGAAGAGGGAGGAGAGGAUGCGGGGUACCAAUGAAUCGACGAACUCAAGAGUGCAAGACUUUGCCUCUCUCACACUAGUAGCGCUUGUCGCCCUCGGCAUCUGGCAGAUGUGGCAUUUGCGUCAGUUCUUCAGGCGCAAGUACCUCAUCGAUUGAAGAGGGCGAUACGUCAGGUGUGCACGAAGGGAUCGCAGCACCCCGCACAUGUGCUGGCCCUUCUGAACGCGCUUGGGGCGGUCUAGCACAGGCUUCACCGCCUGUGAUGGUUGCGGCAAUGAUCAAGGUGGUCUGUAGCAUAUCAGACAAAAGUGACGACGCUUUAAUGAAACCUCGAUGUCAAUGCUCUCCUGGGUAC